AUGAGCUAUUUAGUAUUAGGAGGAAAUAAUGGAGCCCCAAAAUUGGCAUCAGGGCGUUCAAAUAGUGUCCCUAGCAACAGUACCAACUACAAAAUAUUUGUAAGAUCACUUGUGAAAAACUUAUUUAACACAGAUAGGAAAAUUACUUACGGGGUUGUUGGACACACGUACACAGGAAGAAUAAGCUUCACGCAAUCUGUCCUGAGCGCAUUCGGCUGCACAAAUCGCAUGAACAAAACAACAGUUAUUAACCUUGAAGAAAAUAUCAAUUUGCACACAAAAUGUGGCAUAAUUUUAAAGAAAGAUCUUCAUGGCAUUGGCCUAAUUAAAAGACUACAUGUGCUUAGCAACAAAGAACGAUUAACUUUUUUAAGUGAGUUUUUGCUUAAUUUAACGGGGAAAAAUUUAUUAAAAAUUUUAACCCUCAUAAACAAGGAAGAUAUUGCCUACGAGUACAGAAACCACUUUGGCAAAAAUAGGGACAAGUUGGAAAAAUUAGAAAAAAAAGAAAUCAUUCGCCUAAUUUUGUUAAAGGAACCAAAGGAAGAGUCUGAUAAUAAAAAUAUUAAUUUUAAAAAUAUGAUCAGACUGUACAAUAAAUUAUUUUUAAACAAAAUUGCCUAUUAC